AUGGCCGGGAGAAACAUGAGGUUUGAAUACGAUGUUGGAGAAAUCGUGCUCUGCUUUGAACCAGACCCUACGAAAGCCAGGGUCUUGUAUGACGCCAAGGUUGUCGAACAAAGAACAAUCAAAGAUAUUACAGGCAAAAAGAAAGCUGUCUACGUGGUUCACUUCCAGGGCUGGAAUAGCAGCUGGGACCGCCAGGUUGGAGAACAUUAUUUGCUGAGGAACACGGACGAGAACAGGGAAUUAAUGCGCAAGUUAACAGAUACUGCCAGGAAGUUCUGUAAAAAGAAUAGUCAGAGGAGGCGGAAAAUCAACACAAUUCUUCACGAAGCAUUUGGAGGAGCUCCGCCUGAAUUUGAUGUGAUCACCGACAGCGAAGAGUCCGAUGAUGAGUCUGAUUCUGGGAAGAAAACUGGACGAGGAAAGGUUGGACAGGAAAAAAAGAGACAGAAAACAAGCCUGGUUGAGUACGACAUUCCGGAAACUUUAAAAAUGCAGUUGGAAGAGGAUUACAUCUUAAUCAACAAGAAAAAUAAGCUGACCAGGGUACCUGCCAAACCCUGUGUUAUUGACAUUCUGGAGAGCUUUAUGAAGACCUUCUGUGUGAACUACGUGUGCGACCCCACGGGAGGCAGAGAGAAGACCAGAAACAGCAGCAGUAAACACACUCUCAGGUGUCCUCCAGAUAAGUGUGUUUCACUGUGCAAGGAGUUUGUCGACAGCCUGAGGGUCAUCUUUGACUUUACUCUACCCAUAAUUCUACUGUAUGCUGCAGAGCAGCAGCAGUUCGAAUCAGCCAUGAAAGAUAUCAAACCUGUGGAUCUUAUAGCCAGAGAUAAGGAGGCGUCACUUCUGCCAUCCGAUGAAUCUCCAAACAGGGCAGUCAGGUCAGGUGCUCAGAAUGCAAAGCUAAAGUCAGAACGAAUGACCAAACAUUCGCAGUCACAGCAUCAUCGUUCUACAUCACCCACGCUCUCAUGCUCGUCAAAGUCAUCAACUUCUUUCAUGAAAGAGUCACCCACCACACCUGCUCGUAGAUCACCCACCACACCUGCUCGAAGAAUCACACGACAAUCAGCCCAUGAGAUGGCAGCCUCUGACAGUCAAAACAUGAAACAGAAACCCCACAUAACUGUCAAUCAACAGCCGCAUCGAAGCUCGCGGCAUUCAGAUCUCUCAUCCCCAAAGUCUUCACGGAGGUUGCACAAGGAAGAUGCGUCUAUUAUUCCUAUCGCAUCUCGAACACGACGGCGAUCACAACUGGAAGUGAUUGAAGUAUCCGACGCUCCAAUCGUUAAACUGGAACCCAGCAGUGAUAUGGAGAUGGACGUCCCGUCGCCGGAUCUGCCCGGUCCAAGUCAGAGUGAUCAAGGACUGGUGAAUGGUCAGGAAGGACCUAGCAGUGCCGCUGGCACAGAGAUUAUGACCCUUGGGUCAUCUCGUGGCCGGGAGGACGCCAUGGACAGGAUCUUGGGCUGGCAGCUUUUGCCUGCAGAGGUCAAAGUCCACGGACCUGUCACCCCCUCACAGAUUUAUGGAACCGUCCAUCUGCUACGAAUGUUUGUAAAACUCCCAGAUUUGUUGAAGAAGAUGCAGAUGAAAGAGGUACAGCUGCAGAUCAUCAUUAAGUUUAUCCAUCAUUGCUUGCA